AUGGAAAUGGAGUUAAUAUCCAGAGAAACCAUCAAACCAUCCACAGCAACUCCUCCCCACCUCAGAAACUACCCUCUCUGCUUCAUAGACCACAUCGUUUUCCGCAACUACAUUCCAGUACUUUUCUUUUACUCUCCAAACCUUCGUUCCAACAACCACCAAACAUCAUCCAAAAUAUCAACUCUCAAGAAAUCCUUGUCCCAAGUUUUGUCUCGAUACUACCCCUUCGCGGGCAAGCUCAAAGACCAACUUUCCAUCGAAUGCAACGACCAAGGGGUGUCCUUUCUAGUCACAAGCUUCAGAUGCAACCUUUCAUGGAUCCUCCACAACCCCACCCACGCAUCGUUCAACCCUCUGUUCCCAGAUGAACUACAGUGGAACCCCAUGAAAACAACUUCAACCAUAGUAGCCAUUCAGAUAAACUGUUUUGCAUGCGGAGGAAUCGCAAUCAGCGUCUGCAUGUGUCACAAAGUUGGCGACGCCGCCACACUUUCCAACUUCGUCAAUGACUGGGCCGCAUUCAACCGUCAAAAUGAAAAACAAGAACAAUUACCCUUCCCAGUUCCUGGGGCUUCAUUUUUCCCGCAAGAAAACUUGCCUGUUUUCCCGGAAGCUGCGUUCGUGAAAAACGACACCGUCUGCAGAAGGUUCGUCUUCGAGGCUGCUAAGAUUGACUCGCUCAAAGCCAUGGUGUCCUCCCGCAACGUGCCCAACCCCACGCGCGUCGAAGUUGUCAGCGCGUUGAUCUACAAGCGCGCCGUUUCAUCGCUUGGGUUGACUUUCAAAACGACGGCGUUCCGUACCGCCGUGAACCUCCGCAAUAGAACGGUUCCCCCACUUCCUGAAAAAAGCGUGGGGAACCUGGUUUGGUUCCUCUUCGUGUCCAACGCGCGGGAAGAGACUGAGCUGCACGAGCUGGUGCUGAAAAUGAAGCACGGGCUGAGCGAGUUUUGUGACACUUACGGGAAGAAGUUUGGAGGGAAGAACAAGGACUCGGGGUUCAUCACGGAGUGUCUGAAGCAGGCUACUGCGGCUCCCGAGCCUCGUGGCUCGGAUGCGGAGAGGGAAGAGAGUUUGUUAUGUUGCGCGAGUUGGUGCAGGUUUGCGAUGUACGAAGCGGAUUUUGGGUGGGGGAAACCGGUGUGGUUCACCACUAGCGAGUGCCCUGUGAAGAACAGCAUUGUUUUGAUGGAUACGAGAGACGGUGAAGGGAUGGAAGCGCUUGUGAACAUGGAGGAGCAUGCCAUGGCCAAGUUUGAGCGUGACGUGGAGCUUCUUCAAUAUGCUUCUCUUAAUCCUUCAGUUCCACAUGCUAGCCUUACGAUAUAA